AUGUCCCGUUUUCUAUCUCCCUUAGACACUUCGGCCGGUUUGGAGCCGCUGUUCAUCCUUCCUCUUCCGCCCUCAUUUGGGUUGGUAUGCAAGCAAUCGCCUGCCUCGGUUCAUUCCUCUGGAUAUAGAUCCGAGGCAGACAUGAUGAGCCCCAAGUCUUCUAAUACGCAGGAACCAAAGAGUGAAUGUGAUACGCAGUCCCUGACCGACAGUGUAACAGACUAUCCCGUGGAGAAUGGAAGACGGUAUCACAAGUACCAUGAAGGAUUAUAUCCAUACCCUAAUGAUGAACAAGAGCUUGAUCGAUUGGACUUGCAACAUCACAUGUUCAGAAUGCUCAUGAAGAAUAAACUAUACCAUGUACCCCUUGAAAAACCACUUGAAAUCCUUGACAUCGGCACUGGAUCUGGGAUAUGGCCGAUAGAGAUGUCCCAGAUUUUCCCCAAUGCCACCAUUACAGGAACUGAUCUUUCACCGGUUCAACCAACAGAAGUUCCCGAAAAUGUUCACUUUCUGGUAGAUGAUGCCACAGAAGAGGAAUGGCUCUGGGAACCAAACACUUUCGACUUCGUUCACAUUGGACACAUGACAGGCGCUAUGCCAUCCUUUAAACAAUUAUUACGACAAUGCUACAAGCAUCUCAAGCCAGGUGCUUAUAUCGAGUGUCAAGAGUUAGAUCCUAAACCGAAGUGCGAUGACAAUACCAUGCCACCAGAAAAUCCAGACGGAUAUAGUGCCUUCGCACUCCAUGACUGGGUUGAUUUAAGCGUGCGGUCUAGCCAGACCGUUGAACCAUGUCGCCAAUUUCGAAUCGCACAUCGCAUUGAACGGUGGAUGAAGGAAGUAGGCUUCGUGGAUAUUGAACUACGGAAAUUCAAACUUCCAACCAAUCCAUGGCCAACCGAUGAACACAUGAAGCAAAUCGGGGUAUGGAGUGAGAGAAACUUUCUUGAGGCAUUAUCUGGUUGGUCAUAUAAGCCGUUCCUUGCACUAGGUUGGUCCAAACCUGAAAUCGAAGUCUUUCUCGUGGAUGUGAGGAAGAGUAUUCAGGAUAGGAAUGUGCAUGCCUACAUGGACUACUAUGUGUCAUGUGCCAAGAAACCCCGUCCGAAGCUGCUUCCAAAUGUCGAUGAAAGGUGA